AUGGCGACUGUGCCAGACCGGCCACCGCGCAGUAGCGCGCGUCCCUCCCUCCCUCGCUCGUCGCCUUCACCGCCUCCUUCGUCAACCGCCGACGCCUCCUCCUCGUUCAACCACCUCGCCGACACGCCCGCCCUGUCGAGCACCGAGGACGCACUCGGCGUAGCCCUCGACGGCAGCUUUGUCGAGACGACGAGCGAGGCCGCAGCGCGUGCCGUCGCCCAGUUCUACGCAGGCGAGCACGACGCACUCGAGGGCGACACGGCGGCGACGGCGGGUCGCGCGCAGCGAGGGACGGGCCAGUACGGCGUGCAGACGAGGAUCGACAGCCGCGGCAGGACGGUGUACCGCGUCAGACCUAUCGUCACCUCGCCCGCCAGCUCCCUCACCGACGCCGCCUCAACCUCGUCUUCCCCUCCAUCCGCACACCACCCGUUCGCGCGCCCGUCGCACCACCCGCAGCCCUCGCAGCCGCCGCAGCAGCAGCCGACCAUCGCCCUGCACCGCUCGUCCCUCCUGCGCACCUCGCGCUCUAUCCCGCUCCUGCGCUCCCGCGACGCCGACGUCGAGCGCGCACACGAGCAGCACGCAGCCGGGCUGCACCCCUCGGCCGCGUCCGCCUCGGCGCGCCUGCGCAAAGCGCCCUCGUCGCCGUCCCUGCGCGGCGAGGCUCGCGCCAGCCUGCACGAGGGCGGUACCGUCGUUCAGCCGGCGCGCUUGGUGCCGACGCAGCGCGUGCGCGCCCGCUCGACGGCGAUCGGUGCGGGUGCGGGUGCGGGUGUGGGCGCCGGCUCGGGCGAGGGCGACGUGCUCGGGCGCAUCCUUGGCUGGAGGGUCGACGUCCCUGCAGCGCGCAGCUCGGCGUCCCGCGAGGACGCACAGACGGGCGCGAGCGGCGGCACGAGGCGCAGGGUCAAGAGCCCGGCUGCGGGUGCUGCGGGCCCGAGCGCGAGUGGCGGGGCGGCGAGGGUCGGGCUGCCGGACAUGUUCCGGCUCGGGGCGAGGAAGGGGAGCAAGGGGAGCAGGGGGCAGAAGCUGAGUGGGAGCGCGGUGAGCGAGGCUGGGACGGACAGGAGCGACUUGCCCGAGGAUCUCGACGAGCUCGACGCCGUCUCGGUCUACGACAACUCGACUCCCUCUUCACCCUCGAGCUCGCCCGUUUCACCCUCGAGCUCGCCCGUUGUCGAGGAGGACCACCCUUUCGCGUCGCCCAAACAGCGCCCAUCGUACCUGCGUCGCCCGACCGGCCCGUUCGGCACCGGCGUGCGCAUCCACCGCGCCUCGCCGCAGCCCGUCGCCAUGCCCGCGCUCGUCACGCCUGCGCCCGCCCUCGCCCCGGCUACGGCGCCGUACGCGCUCACGCACGCGAUGCGCGAGGUGAGCUCGAGCGACUCGAUGCGCACGGCGCGCGCCGACGACCCGCAACCGCUCCUCCCGCCCGCGCCCAUCGACGACUGCCGCUCGUCGCCUUCACCCGCUCGCCGGUUCGAGGACCCGUCCAUUUUCGACGUCUUCCACCGUCCCUUCCCGUCCCUUCCCUCGUCGCCGAGCGACUCGAGCCCGUCGCGCCAGCCGCACGCCAUCCCGUUCGGCGCGCACGGCCGCCUCCCCUCGUCGGCGUCGCUCGCCUCGUCCCACUCGGCGCGCUCCGACCACAGCCACGCGAGCGCGACCGCGCACGACAUCACGGUCGUACCUGCCCCGGGUGACGACCCCCGGUUCGUCAUCUGGGGCGUCAAGGAGCCGCCUGCGCCUGCCGCUGCCGCGACGACCUCGCCCCGAGGCGCCGGCGGCGCCGGCAAGGGCGGCAGGCGCCCGUCGUUCGCGCCGGGCACGCCGAGGAGUGCAGCGGGAGCGGGUGAGCAGGGCAGCCCGCCGGCGCAGGCGGCGAGCCCGGGCUCGGCGCGCACGAGGUGGAGCGUUGGGGCGAGGUCCGGCUCCGGCACGGCGUCGACGGCGAGCGCAGGAGCGAGUGCCGCCUCGUCCCCGGCGACGAGCCUGCGCAACUCGGUCGCGUCGUCGGCGUCGCACGCGACUGCGCAGCGCGUCCUCAUGGCGGCGACGGUCGAGCGGCUCGUCGCGGAGCUUACGAGCCAGAUCGCGCCCGACCUGCUCGCCGACUUCUUCCUCACCUACCGUCACUACCUCGCACCCCUGUCCCUGUUGUGCCUCCUUAUCGCGCGCUUCGAGUGGUCCAGGCCCUCGUCGUCGACCGCGCCCUCCUCGUCGCCGCCGCCCGCACCGCUCUCGCCCGAGGACGACGCCCUGCGCCGCGUCGUGCGCGUGCGCACGUUCGUCGUCGUGCGGUACUGGCUCCUGAACCACUUCAUGGACGACUUCUACCCCGACCGCGCGCUCCGCACAGCGCUCACGACGUGGCUCAACGACUCGGCGCGCGACGAGCGGUUUCGCCAGAGCCCGCGCGACCUGCGCCUCAUCAAGGGCCUCAAGAAGACGGCGAGGAGGUGCAAGGAGCGCUACAUCCUCGGCGCGGCGGCUACCGCUCCGGGUGCGCCCGGGCCCGCCGUCGCGCACCCGCACGGGCCCCUCGAGGGCGAGGUCGACCUCGACCUCGGCGUCGGCGGUGGCAUGCAUGAUGCGCCGACCGCAGCCACAGCGCCGCAUGCCGCGUCGUCGAGCGGCUUCGCGAGCCUGCGGUCGCGCGCGGGCCUCUCGGCGACGCCGCACCACCACCACGACGCCUCGUCAUCCUCGUCCGCCGCUGCAUCCGCCGCGCUCGACUCGGCCGCCGCAGCGUCGACCGAGCACGAUGCGCACGGUCACGGCGGCGCAGGCCCCGGCGGCGCACUCGCGCGCGGCGUCUCGACGGCGCUCGGCACGCUCGGCCGCUUCCGGCGCAAGCUCAAGGAGCGCGCCGCGACGGCUGCGCAUGCGCACGACGCGGCGACGGGCGGUGUGGGCGGCGUGCGAGGCGGCGAGAGGGCGGAGCUCGAGCUGGAGAAGCGGGGCGAGACGGACUUGCUGUGGGUCCGGGGCGGCGUCGACGCGUACUUGCGGUACUGGGGCGUCGAGGUGCCGCAGGACGGCCCCGUCGAGGAGGGAGGCGAGGAGAUGAACGAGCGCACGCCGGACAUGGUGCACGGCGAGGAGGAGGAGGGCACGCCGAGCACGGCGGACGAAGGCGCCGAGGCGCUGACGCCUCGUCCCGUCGACGCGCCACCCGAGCCUGCGCUCGACGGCAGCCUCGCUCUGGACGCCUCGCCUGUACUCGCCGACGAGGGCGUGGGCCUCGGCCUCGGCAUCGUCGGCGACGGCCUUGACGAGCCGCCGGCCGUCCUCGCUCUCGACCACGCCUACCCGUCCUCGUCCAAGCCGCCGCUCGUCGCGCCUCCCGCCGAUGUUCCCGCUCUUCCUUCGACGACCGAGCCCUACGUCUUCUCCCUCGCCCCGGGCGCCUUCACCUCGCUCGACGCCGCUCCCCCUUCCUUCCCCUUGUCCAACCCGAGCCCGCUCCGCCCCGAGUCGGUCCGCAUCGAGCUCGACGACCUCGACGACUCGGACGACGACAUGGACGACGACGUUAUCGAGGCCAAGCGCACGCUCAAGCGCCUGCCGGCGGCGACCAACCUUCGGCUAGCGGCGGCGGGCGUCCAGCAGCGGCGCAGUCCGAGCGCCGGGUCCGAGGCGUCGUCGUACGGGUUCGCUGCGCCUCACGGGCACGGCGGCUUCGACUGGUCCCUUGGCGGCGGUGGCGUCGGCGGCGAGGACGACGGCGCGUCGCGCGAGUCGAUCUCGUUCCUCGACGACGAGGCCGGCUCGACCCUUUCCGCCGCCGCCGUCAUCCCCAACUUUGUCCUCGACGGCCUGUUUGACUCGGACGACGACGACGAGCCGGGCGACGUCGAGGCGGCGCUGCGGCGGCUCGAGGGCCUCGUCGACGAGUCGAGGGAGGACGAGAAGAAGAAGCGGGUCGAGCGCCAGAUGGAGAAGAGCGGCAAGCUGGGCGAGGAGCGGCGGGGCGAGAUCGACAGGCUGGAGAAGGAGGUGCAGCGGCUCGACGCCGAGUACGCCGACAUGCGCCGCAUGUCGGCCCCCUCGACCAACGAGCCCGACUCGGCAGCCGUCGCGCCCGUACCGCCGCAACGCGAGAUGGCCAUCGUCGACGUCGCCCCGACGCACGUCGAGGUGGGUCCUCUCGACCUCGCCACCAAUGCGCCUGCGCCCGUCGCGCUGUCGUCGUCGCCGACCCAGAUCGACCAGUCGACUACCGGCCCGGACCUCCUCACCAUCUCCCCUCCUACCGCGACUGCCACCACCGUCGACACGCUCCGCAAACCCUCCCUCAGCCACAUCUUCGGCAUCCCCCUGCGCCCACUCUCGGCGCGCCCGGGCCUCCCCACCUCGUUCACCCUCCCGCUCCACCCUCACCGCGGCCCGUCACCUCCCACGCACCGGUCGUUCGUGCUGUCGUGCCGCACCGACGUCCUCGCGGCCCAGUUCACGCUCAUCGAGCGCGACCUGCUCCGCAUGUUGAGCUACCAGGAGCUCGUGAGCGGGAGCUGGCGCGAGCGCACGGGCGCCGUCGACGGCGAGCGAGGAGUUGGAGGUGCAGCGGCCGAGACGGACGUCUGCGACUGGGAGGCCUACGUCAAGGAGCGUCGUCGGCGGGACUUUGAGGAGGCGCGCGAGGGAAGGACGGUCGCGAGGACGAGCGCGGUCCAGGACGUGAUCGUGCGCUUCAACUUGACGGCCAACUGGGUCUGCUCCGAGAUCCUCCUCACGGCCGACGUCCACGAGCGAGCCAUGCUCAUCGCCAAGUUCAUCCGCCUCGCCUUCAAAUGCUACUGCCAGGGCAACCUGCAGACCCUGGCCCAGAUCGUCCACGGCCUGCAGCUCGACGACGUCGAGCGGCUGAACAAGACGUGGGCGCGCGUGCCAGCGUGGGAGAUGCGCAAGUUCCGCGGCAUGCAGGCGUUCGCGUCGCACCUUCGCAACUUCAAGCACCUGCGCGCGCUCAUGAGCGCAAUGGUCGAAGAGUACGGCGGCUCGGCGGACGACGACGGAGCUUCGUCGUCGUCGUCACCGCGGCCCUCGACCAGCCCAUCGUCCGGCAAAGGCUGCAUUCCCUUUCUCGGCCUCUUCCUGCGCGACCUCGCCCUCACGACCGAGCUCCCGACCUACCUCGACCCGUCGUCGCCGUCGUCGCCCGCCCACGUCUCGCCCUCGGGCCUCCUCGUCUCGCUCGCGUCCCCCUCGUCCUUCUCGCACCUCCCCUCGCUCCCGCCCUCGACGCCGUUCGCGCCGCUCGUCAACGUGCACAAGUUCCGCCUGCUCGCCGGCAUCGUCGGGCGCGUCGUCACGUUCCAGCGCCUCGCGGCGCGGUAUGCGCACGAGCCGACGAGGGGCGCGUACUGGAGGUGCCUCAAGAUCAGGUGCCUCGACGUCGGCGUCGCGAGGGAGCUGUCGAGGAGGUUGGAGCCGUAAAGGCGGGUCUCGGUCGCUCUCGGUGUCGCGCCGUCUUUGUACCACCACCUCGCACGUUUCUCCUUGUCGUCACCCACUCUACUAGCCCAUACCCCUCCCUUCGUAGCAUUCCACCCCUCUCACGAAACACGCACUCGGUCUCUCUC